CCACUAACUACUAUUUCCAACUAAGACUAUAUCAUACACACUUACCCUCCCCGCUUACUUCUCCAGCCUCUUUCAAUCUCACAUCAGAGAGAUUUACAACAAUAACUUCUGAAUCCUCUUAGAGAACACAGAUCUCACUCGUUCAUCAUGGUAGAAACCGGUCUUCCAGCAGGGUGGGAGGUUCGCCACUCCAACUCCAAGAACCUGCCCUACUACUUCAACCCGAGCACCAAGGAGUCCCGAUGGGAACCCCCCGCUGACACCAACACCGAGAAGCUCAAGCUGUACAUGGCCGACUAUCACAGCGGACCUGCGGGACACGGUAUCGGUCAGGGAGAGGGAAAGAUUCGCUGCAGUCAUCUCUUGGUGAAGCACCGGGACAGCAGACGGCCCAGCAGCUGGAGGGAAGCCGAUAUCACUCGGUCGAAAGAGGAGGCUAUCGAGAUCCUCCGCGGCCAUGAGCAGCGCAUUCAGUCGGGGGAGGCUACGUUGGGCGACAUCGCUAUGUCAGAGUCGGACUGCAGCAGUGCCCGCAAGCGGGGUGAUCUCGGGUUUUUCGGACGCGGUGAGAUGCAGAAGGAGUUCGAGGAGGCAGCUUUCGCGCUGCAGCCGGGACAGGUCAGCGGAAUCGUUGAGACCGCGUCUGGAGUUCAUUUGAUUGAACGCGUUCAGUAAAGGAUGAAUGAAAUCCUAGCUAUUAUACUAGUUGGAAGGAUUAUAUACCACUUCAUAACAUAAGAUGCAUUUGAUGCAUGUGUCGCGCGCUUCAGAUUUAAUUUCAUGGACAUUACGUACACUGAGUCAUAUUAUAGUCACGGUUGGGAUGGAAAGACGCGGUGAUGAUGCUAUUGGGCUAUGCCGUCACUUUAGUAAACAGU